AUGCGCGUGUUUUUACAAUCAGCAGAACAGAAUUGGCAUUUUGGCGGUAAUAGCGAUGAAGUAUGGAAUGGAUGGUGUCAUGUUGAGUCAAAAAAUAAUUUUUGGGGAUGUGGCAAUAAUAUUGGACUUACUUUACAAAAAGGCGAUAUGCAAUGCACAUAUCGUGCUUCAUAUUAUAAUCCGAGAUUUGAUUUGGUAAAACUAAAUGAUAAACCAGCAAGUGGUACAUUCCCUUAUGAUCGAAGUAAAUCUAAAGCCGAAGUGUAUAACGCAUUCAUCGAAUUCAUUGAAAGUCAAAUCGCUGCUCACAAUGCAUAG